AUAAUAAUUUAAUAUAUUUGUCUCUGGUUCGUCAAUACUCUCAUCACCAGAGUCAUCGCUAAACAAAUAAUUAUUUAUUAAUGGAGAUAAAUACAAAAUAUUAUAUUUUUGGAUUUUUAAAUUAUAUAACUAAUAACUGAUAACAACUGUAGCACAACAACAAAUAGACAUAUUUGAUUGCGGUUUUCGGUAAUGUACUCGUUAACUUGUCUGUAUAAUUGGUAUAUUAGUAUAUUAUGUGCAAAUUGUUAAGUUACUUGAUCUCACACUGUAGGGUUAAAUCGUCUUAAUAAUUAUAAAACGUGGGGCGACUUCGGAAAAAACCAUGGGUGUUUCUAGGAGGAGGGGUUCAGGAGGUCAGCUGACCCAAAGUUAAUAUUUGUGAUCGGGUGUCACCGGUUUCCGCCAAAAAUUACCUUUCCGUUUUCCGCCAAUACCUUUUUCCGCCAAAUCAGAAAAAACGUCAUUCCUUUUUCCGCCAAUUAUAAAUUAUAGAAUUUCAAAGUUUGGGAACCCUUACGUAUCAUAAUACUCAUAACGAUAAACAUAUGGUUUAUUUUGAGAUAUAAUAGUCUAUGUUAUGGUAUAUAAUAUCUUAUAUGGUGGGUUUUAAAAUUUUAUACCUGUAUGCGUCUCUAUCUACGCAGAAAAUAUUAUUUCAUAGAUUUAGAUAAUAUUAUCUAAUCUGUCAUCUGAUAUCAUGCUGCAAUAGUUGGUUCGAUUUGUUAGAAAUAUUACGGUAUUGAGUAGUGAGUAGUGACUAGUGAUCACCGAUCAGUGGAUAGGGUUUGAUGUGUUUUAACUACAAUAAUGUCUGCACUAUUAAUUACGAGUAAACGCGAAAAACCACAAAUUGUGAUUGAUAAUUUUAAAUUUAGUAAGGCAUAUGAAGGAGUAAAUAAAAUUCGUUGGAGAUGCAUUAACAAAGUAUGUGAUGCAAAAGUAUAUACAAAAAAAAAAUUUCGACAAUGAAGUAUUGUACACGGAAAAUGAACACCAUCACGAAGCUGUUAAUGAAAAUACCAUAAAUCGACAAAUUGUUAAUACCUCGUGCAAAAGGAAAGCGAUAGAAGACGUAAGUACAAGACCAAAAAAAAUCAUUUUACAAGAAUUAGUACAUAAUGAGUGUGCCAAAGAAAUAACAGUAAACGACAUUAAUAGAAUAAGAAAAAAUAUGUAUGAAAAGAGACGCAAAACCCUCCCAGCAAAUCCAAAAUCCAUUUCUGAGGUACACCAAGCUUUAAAUGUUUUAAAUAUUGAAACAAAACAAAAAGAAAAUUUCCUACUAUUAAAUAAUGAAAAAGAAAAUAUUAUUAUUUUUUCGUGUUCCACAAAUUUAAAAUUUUUGACUUCGGUAGAUACUGUUUAUAUGGAUGGGACAUUUGAUUAUUGUACUCGGUUUUUUAUGCAAAUGUUUACUAUCCAUGGAUUUCAAAACGGCCACUAUGUUCCACUCAUAUUUUGCUUAUUACCAAAUAAACUAACAUCUUCCUAUAUUUUUGCACUUCGUUCUAUUUGUGAAAAAUGCAAAGAUAUGAAUUUAAUUUUUUCACCUGCAAAUGUGACUAUUGAUUACGAAAAAGCUAUUAUAAAUGCAGCUACUGAAGUUUGGCCAGAAAGUAAUAUAAUUGGUUGUAGAUUUCAUUUGACUAAUUCUUAGUGGAAGAAAAUACAAUCUCUUGGUUUAUCAAUGGAAUAUAAAGAAAAAAAUUCCGAAAUCGGCAAAUGGUUACGACACACAUAUUUUGGUCUUUUGUUUCUUGAUGUGCAGGAAGUAUCAGAUUGUUUUUCAUAUGAUUUUAUGAGUGAUCGUCCUGUUAAUGAACUAUUAACAAAAUACUCUGACUACUUAGUUGAUAAUUACAUAGGAGACGAUUGUUCUUACCCUCCAUCACUGUGGGCUUCGUUAUCGGCAAGUUUAACUAGGACGACGAACGCGUGUGAGUCAUUUCACGCUGUAUUUAAAGAUAAUUUUUAUAAACGAACACCACAUAUAAUACCAUGGAUUACUGUACUUAUAGAAAAUAUUCAAACUAAUGUUUAUGUUACUUUAAAGAGUAUUAAUGAAUGUAAAACACCAAGAAAAAAUAUGAAUGAUAAACGUAAACGAAAUGAAGAAUUAAUUUCAAAAUACCAACGAGAUGAAAUCAGUAGAUAUGAAUUCGUAAAACUGAUAUCAAAUCAUUAUGCUAAAUAAGUUUUUUACAAUGUGAAUUCAAUUUCAAGUUUCGACCAAUUAAUCAAGCGCUGACAUAUUGACA